AUGGACUCUACUCGAUCUAGAUGGAGAGUUGUUUCGAAGAAAAAGCUGAGUAGAAACCUGAAACUACUACGCGGGUAUCUUGGAGUCGUACAACGGGAAAUUGCUGAGAGAAAACUGGGAAUUUUGAAGUUCGCAGUUUAUCAUCAACUUCCAAGUUCUCCUCUUCUAGAAAAUAUGAAAACUGAAAUCACUUUGGCAUGCGUCUUCAGAUCAAACAGAGGCAAAUUUACUCAUUUUCCAAUUGUCGAAUAUAUCAAUACACACGAAAACAUUGAGUAUUAUGUGGAUACUGGAUCAUCGAAGAUAACAAAAAAGUUUGGGUCGAUUGAAGAUUUACUCGUGAACUACUGUAGACAGUAA